AUGGCAGCGAGGGCCCUCGACGCGAGGAGGGCCCUCCCCUUGAGCCCUCGCCUCCUAGACACCUUCCGCGACACAAUAAACAACGGCCCGACACCCGGGGGUCGGUUAAUUGAACCUGGCUCCAGCCAACUUGUAAUCCGGCAGGAAUGUGCCGCGAAUGCCCUGCCGCGGCCAGAGCACGCUGACCCCCUAGCAGUGGGGCGGUUCGACCGGAGACGAGCACAGGGGAGGGUCUGC